CUUUCAGAUAUUUUUCCGGAGGUACGUAAGUUACGUAUGUUACUGCCCCAACCAGGAUGAUCCACAGCAACAGCACAGCACCCCAGCAUUCAGCCGCAAGCUGAAUCUACGCUGUAAAUAUUAGGAAUUGAGAUGUUAUAUAAACUAUAGAGUACGUACGGGUUAUAUCUGAACGAUAUAUGUGAUGGCACCGCUGCUGUGUGCAAGGAAUGAAUGAACUCUUAUGAUCAAUAGCCAGAUCCAUCCAUCCAGAGGCCGCCCUUUGCCACACACCUGAGGAAUAUUUAGACCAGCUGGUUAUCCUGAUUACAUAUGAAGUAUUAUGAAUACAUAUUCUGUAUUUGGCCAACCAGUUCGGCUUCCUCCACCAUUUAUUUUUAUUUUUUCUUCUUUUGCGCCAUACCCAAAGCGGCCUGACGCGACAGAAAGAAUAAAAAAAGAAAAAUAUAUAUAAAAAAAUAAGAAAAAGGGGGGGGAGGCAUGCCAAGCCCCGGCCUCCCACACCCUACACCCACCACCACCACCAGUGCCACUUCUCUGCCGUCAUUUCUCCUUGUUGACUUGAAACUUGCUCACCUGCAACAUACAACUGACUACGGCAAACGGGGCCUGAUCCUCGCCAACCAUCGAAGAAUGACUUUGGCAUUCUCUUCAUCCUGUUGUCCCUUAAAAAUAAAAAUGCUGGACUGGCCCAUUUCCUGGUUAAUCCACGGCCACAAUUAACUCUGUUACUGUUUCAUCGCGUUCAAGCUGCCCGAGCCCACGCGACCUCCCACUUCUGCAUUCUGCAAAUCCAAACAAACAAAAAAAAAAAAAAAAAAAAAAAAAAGGGGGAUACCGUCAACCCUAUAUGAUUCACUACCAACUAACUAUUUCUUCCCGUUGUUUCUCUUAAACCUUUCACCAUGGCGUUACGGAUCGAUAGCCAGAUUGAGAAUCCAGCCCAGUCCGUGACAGGGGGGACGACACAAACUCAGCGGGGUUUUUCUUCUCGUCACGGACAUCUGAAUCUUGAUACCUUCUCUCCGGUCAACGAGAAUGGCAGCUUUGCUUUCGAUCAGGUAUUAAAGAGAGGGAAAGUAUUGAGAAGAUCAAAAAAUAAGCAUGCAUUCAAAUCUUCAUGGAAACCCGGAUAUCUAGUAUUGCGGCCCAAUCUCCUGUCCUUGUAUAAGGAUGCAGAGGAAGCAGAACUUCAAGUCUCAAUCGACUUGUCUGAUGUCACAGCCGUUGCCUCGUUGAAAGCCACCAAAUCCAAACGCCAACAUAUAUUUGGAAUAUUCUCCCCUUCCAAUAACUAUCGAUUUCAAGCCACAUCCGAAGCCGAUGCGGAGAGCUGGGUGGAGCGCAUACGCAACGAGAGCUACUCGGAUGAUGCGGGUUCGCUUGAAGGCUAUGACAUUGCGGAGAAUAAGAAACCGGGAGAAGCUGCUGCUGAGAGCGCGAGUGAGACCGACUGUGAUGGCCGUAGAGCGAGUCAACAUGACGCCCCAUCCAUCCGCUCCGGCAAUCGGCAGGCGCGACAGCAGCUUUCACAUACUACUACGCAUGACUACUCCGGGAACGAAAUAGCAUCCUGUUCGGAUUUCUCUGAUGCUGUCGCCAGCGCUACACCGCACCGCUCCACAGCCUCUCUGCCCCCCCAUGAUGGACCUUCCCUCUCACCCUCUGCGCCUUUAGAUCGUCGUCCCUCACUGCCGCGGGACACAGCUCAGCUCGCUGAUGGCGCCCUCGGGAACCUUGCUCCAGAACGUGUCAUUUGCCACGGCUACCUCCUCUGCCUAAAAAGCAAGAAAGGGGUUCGACAAUGGAAGAAGCUCUGGGUUGUUCUUCGACCACAUAACAUUUGCUUCUAUAAAGAUCAGCAAGAAUACGCCGCGACCAAAAUCAUCUCGAUGCUGCAAGUUAUCAACGCCGCAGAAAUUGACCCGAUCUCCCGAUCGAAGAAGUUCUGCCUCCAGGUCAUCGCGGAGGACAAGACAUAUCGAUUCUGCGCGCCAGAUGAAGAAGCUCUCGCGAAAUGGCUGGGUGCGCUCAAGAGCCUACUGGUUAGGCGGCACGGUAGCACAUCAAAGCACGCGGCUGGACCUGCUGUCGCUGGGCUCUCUUGAAACUAGUCGUUGAAAACAUUCGUGACGGCGUUCCCACUCUCGCCUUCCCAUCAAGACAACAACUGCACUCACUGCAAGCCAUAAUAUCUCCUUUGUUCAUCAUUGCUGUGUUUUCGUUGCUUGUCAACGUACAAACGUCUCUGCGCACACACUGACAUACCCACAUACUUUAUUAUAUUUUCCUUUUUUUCUCCUUUUGGCGUAUUGGUGAAAAGCGACCACCUGUACUGUUGCUGCCGCAGCUGGUCAUUACUGUUGGAUUCCGACGUACAUAACAUGUUUUAAUAUCACCAACCACGUUCCAUUUGCUUUUUAUAUUUUAGCGCCUUGACUUGAAUAUUUCUUUUCUUUUCUUUCCCUUCUUUUCCCCCCCACAGAAGCACUUAUGUUACAGGCUGUCAGAUUUGUUCUUUUUAUUUCCGUUUUUAUUGUUGUAACUGACUGCCAACAGCAUACCUGUUUACUUUUUUUUUUCUUGGGCAGUGAUACCCUUCUGAUUUUGUAUUGUUAUUUUCAUUUGCUUCUUUUCCCCUUUGUGUUGCUUUGUUAUGCAUACAUCUUGACCUCUUGGCAGCAGCUGUACUCCAUCUGCUGCUCAUCUUCCUUUUUUGGUUGAUUGCAGCAACUUUCCCUUAGAUUUUACUAUUGUUACUGUUUGAAUUGGACUGCAGACUAAUAUGAGAAGAGACUCUGACGAAGAAUCAAUUUGAGCUAUAAUUUUUAUAUUGUUAAUUUUUGACCAAAAGAAAAACCAACAACUGGCUGGU